UGUGACGUCACUGCGCUCGAUAAGGAAGUGUGGAGAGAACUUCAUCUUUUCUCCUGUUUUAAUGAAGUUUAACUGUACGCUUAAGCGCUUCAGUCGGGACGGUUCUCUCGCAUCUUCAUGAGUCUUAUUUACUGUUUGGAAUUUACUGUUAAAAUUUAGAGCUGAUAGUUUAGAUCAGGUUGAGCAGAAUGGAGAUUCCUCACCUGACGGAAGACGAAAUGGCCGAAGUGAAAAAGAACGCUCUGGAGUCUCUUCGUCCAUACCUGGUAGAGAAGCUGAUUGCAGAGAGGCACUAUGAUUACCUGCGCUCGAAGAAGAUCUUGACACGAGAGGACGCAGAGGAGAUCAGCUGCAGGAGCACGCGCGGAAAACGCGCCGGUAAAUUACUUGACCUCAUCGCCGAGAACCCGCGAGGUCUGGACACACUAAUCGAGUCGAUCCAGCGCUGCGGAACACUUAACUUCAUCAUCGCCAAGAUCACUGACGAGGUGCAGCGGUGCAAGAACGAGAAGAUUGAGGCACUCCGAGCAGCAGGUGUGUCCAGCUCGACUAUGAAGGACACAUCUGGAGCCACUAACAACCUCUCAAAGGCAGACUUCUAUGAUUACGAUAAGUGCUCCACGGUUUGUCUCCACCCUGAUGGGGAACGAAGUCCCGCCUCUUCUGUGAUGAGCAGCUCUAUGAACCUAUCCUUCGCUGUGAAUCGGCAGAGGGGGCAGGACUGCAUUUCAGUUAGUGGCGUUGCUAGCUUAUCAACAUCAUCCAGCCUUCCCAAACCUGGUGAUCCUGGAGCCCCGCCUCUUCCUGAUGACAUCGCUGUGGAAGACCAGGAUGCAGAAGCCGGUGCUUGUGGGAGCACAGGAAGUAGCGGGGAUGCUAACUUCCUGCCACUGCGCUCCCGUUCCUUAAACCUGUCUGUUGACAAUGCACUCUAAGAAUCAAAAUACAAUGGCUAUGUUUCAGUCCUGUUUUUAACGUCGACUUCCCCGGUGUCUCUGUGCGCUUCACACACACACACACACACACGCGCAACUGCCAUGGUGUGAAAAUCAUUUUAUUUCUCUGGAAAUUUAAGUUACAUUCAAACAGAAGUUGUGAUUUGUAGAAGAUUGGGAAGGUUUGCCGCUUCACAGCUCUAGCGUCCCAGGUUUGAAUACUUCCACACAUUUCACAUUUCACACAUCCAAAAGAUGUUCAAAUGGGUGAACAUAUAGGUGAUUCUCAUCUAGGUUCUCCAGAUUGGCUAUGAUAAAUUGCCCAUAAGUUUGUGUGAGUAUGUGAAAGUGUGUGGGAGUAUGUGAAAGUGUGUGUGUGUGUGUGUGUGUGCGUGCAUGAUGCCCUGUGAUGGACUGAUGUCUGUGGUGAUUUGCACCUUGUAAGCCAGUGUUACCAGCAAUAGCUCUGACUCCGAUUGAACAGGACGCAGUGCUAGCUGAAGAUGAAUUAAUUUUAUUUCUGUUUAAACUUCAGCUUCUUCUACACUUAAUAAAAUGGCAGUAAGUUGUGUUUUCCUGAAAUCUAUAUUGAUGGCCAAGAGAAUUAGCCGAGGGGAAGUGUUAAAAACAGGAAUGAAACAUGGCUCCUGGUGCUGGCAUGGUGAUGGCAUGGUGACGGUGUUCCUCAGGGCUCCAUGUAAGGACCGGAUAAAUGUACAUGGACUCUUACAGAAGAAUAAUAGUACAUCAGUGAAAAAUAAAGUCUGUCAGGAAUAGCUGCAGAAACCAAAGCAAGUCUGCAGAAGAACAGAAGUCUCACAUUCUCCAGGAUGCUUAUAAAAACUGCCAGUUUGUGUACCUGAGACUACUGAUGCAUUUUUAAAGGCAAAGGGAAUUGAUUUUCUUCAUUCAAUACAUCAGUGUAUUGAAACAUACAUUAAACAGACUGCAGACAAACACCACCAUGACCCCUGCAUGAAAUGGAAACACAAAUAUUAUUCAAGCUUCUCAUGUAAUGAGUCAUUCCAACACGUUUUACAACCAGAUUUACAGCAGAUUGUUCAAUGAGUUCAACCUCUCCAAGAUGGUGGCUCCAUGGACCAUGUGUAAUUUAGCCUAAUGUGGUUUCUACCUUUUCAUAGCUAUGGUUUCUUUCAACUUAAAAUAUUACAUGACCAAUAACUUUUUUCCCAUUUUCACUCAGGUAUAUGUGACACCUGAAUAAUAAUUUGCUUAAAUUGUUGUCAGUUAAAAUACUGUUAAAAUGUUUUACACAGUGAUAAGUAUUUGUAAUUAUAUAUUGAAACUGAGACUUUUUAAAUGUAAUUUUUAUUAUUUUUAUGUCCUAUACAGUUUGUAUAGAUGAUAGCAGUUAAUGAGUAUUUGCUGUUUACAUUCAUGUUUAGCAGUUAUUAAAUAAAGGUUUAUUGUGCAUUGCUCCA